CCUGCUGAGUCAAACAUCGAAAUUUCGAAUUUUAUUUGGUCCACUGGUUCUAGUCUUUCCACAACGAUGUUCACAUUUUCAGCGAAAAGUGGAAAAAAGCGGAAGUGCGGAAAAACUGCGGAAAAAAGGCCGAAAAGCGGACAUUUUCCGCAAAAAGCGGAAGAUCUGGUCACCCUGGUGGUCAGUAUCGCUGACUAUUAACACUACAACCAUUGGCGUUUUUGCUCCACUAAUAAUAACUAAAAUGAUAGCCCUCAUAAGGAGUGAAACUUUAGUUCUUAUGUGUCACUAGAUGUCAAAAUCGAAUGAAAAUUGUGAUGGCAAUGAUAGGGAAUACUCUCGAUCAUUUAAUCCAAACGUUGUAUAA